AUGCAGCUAGGCAGCCUCCUCAUCCUGGUGGCCACCAUGACUGCAGUCCAUGUGAAUGGACAGAAUGUGGACAGUACGCAGAGAAGCCAUCCCACCAGUGUGCAGGGGAGGCUCUUGACUGGCACUUGGAUGGAACAGGCGGAGAAUGAACUGAAGAACAGCCUGCUGAAGCUGCAGAAGCUGAAGGAGCACAUUCAGACCAUCUUAGGGUCAGAGCUUCAGCAGGCCCAGGAAAACAUGGUCCAAAACCACAGGACCUCCAUACUGCAGCUGGGCACCAGCCUUCUGGAGGAGUCCACGGCCCAGACCCUCAAGCUCACGGACAUACAGGCUCAGGUGAGGAACCAGAUGUCACGCAUGGAGCACCAGAUGCUGGAAGCUUUGCAGACCACUGACAAGCUGGAGAAGCAGCUCCAGGCACAGAUACGUGAGCUGCACAAUCCCAGUAGGGACCUGGAGACUCAGCAAAGGGCCCAGCUGGUUGGCCUCCACAGCUUGAAGGAGCAGCUGCAGCAGCUGCUGGAUCUCCAAAGCAGCACAUUUUCCAGUGUCCAGCACAACCUGCAAGCUGCCAGCAACAGCUCCAGCCAACUGCAGCAGAAGCAGGGUCAGCUCCUGGAGAACCUGCAGCAGCUCAUGAGCUUGGUGGAUCAGGGUCCAGGUCCGGUUGUGCUGGAGUACCAGGACUGUGACAAGAUCCACAGGUCAGGGGUCAAUGUUGACGGCAUCUACACCAUCCUCGUGCCCAAUGUGCAGGAGCCCAAAAGGGUGUUCUGUGUGAUGGACCCCGAUGGAGGAGCCUGGACCGUCAUCCAGCGUCGGGAGAAUGGCACAGUGAAUUUCAACCGGAACUGGCAGGACUACAAGCAGGGCUUCGGCGAUGCAGCUGGGGAGCACUGGCUGGGCAAUGAGGCCGUGCACCACAUUGCCAGCAGCGCAAAGUACUCUCUGCGUGUGGAGGUGGAAGACUGGGAUGGCAACACAUUCUCUGCUGACUUUGGGCAUUUCCAGCUGGGCAGCGAGGAGCAGUUUUACAGGAUUUUUCUGGACAAGCACAGUGGUGUGGCAUCACUCCAGGGCCAUCUGAUCCUUCAUAAUGGCAACUUCAGCACUCGCGAUGCAGACCAUGACCAAUGCUCCUGCAAUUGUGCAGUGACAAUGUCUGGAGGGUGGUGGUUUGAUGCCUGUGGUGCCUCCAACCUCAACGGCAUCUACUACCCAGCUGGCCGGCACUUGUACAAGAUCAAUGGCAUCCGCUGGCCCCACUCUGCUGGACCCAUGUAUUCACUUCGUGCAACCCGCAUGAUGAUCCGGCCCUCGGCCAGCUAG